GAGAGUGUCGUUGCUAGGAAACCGCCAACCUGAGCCCUACACCAGUUACUCUUGGACAAACGGAAAAGACGAUUUAAUGAAGCUAAAACAUUGAAUCUUGAUGAACACUAGGUUGGAGAUGAAUACUGAACGAGUGUGAGAAUCAUGGCCUCUACUUCUGCCAGAGACUCCCUGCACAGUCCAAGCAGGGAACAAGAGUCCACAGACGUCCGUGAGCGGCCUCACGAGCUCCCUGAAAUGAGCAGCUCCACCAUGCUCCCAAGGCCCCCGCUCCAUGUUAAAGACCCUCAGACUGUGCUGAAGAGACGUGUGAAACGGAAUCAACCCAGUCUUAACCACUUAAAAGCCCAAGAGCAGAUGCAUUUUCCGGGCUGGUGCACUAAGUUACCUUCACCUCAACGAACAGAGGGGCCACUUGGGCACCAGAAACCGUUGCCUGUCCGCCUACCUCCUCUGCCGUCCACUACAAAGAAUGUGGCAUCAACGUCCAGUCUCCCCAAGCGACCCUUUUUCCUUAAGGCUAGUGGACAGCUGGAUUCUCCUGGCAAAGUUAAAAUUUAUGAGUACGGCAAAGAUGACUUCUUGAUGAUCAAUGACAAAGGUGUGGUAGACGUGCGCAAAGAUGAGUGUGACUUUGUGACCCACAAACGCUGGGAAGAGGAGUACGACUACCACUGCAAGAUUAGCUCCAUCCCCUUCUUUGCCCUCUUCAAAAAAUGGAAACCUUUCUAUGUCUGGCGAAGCAAAGUUCGCGCCAAGAAGUUUCAUUUGUCCCGAGAGUCCUUGCAAAACAACCUGUUCUUUGUCAAUCAGUUUUUAAGCUCUGCACUGAUAGACAUCAGGAAAAUGUGUUACCAAAUCAGCGACACAGGCUUGUGUCACAUGGAACAAAAACACAACUGCACACUGCAGCAGUUCCAGGACACACAGUUCAAACAACUGCAAAAGAUUUUGGAUGACUUGAAGAAGUUUGAAGUCCUGGUAAAGGAGGUGACACUUUGUGCCUGUCGCAACUUCUUGGAACAACAACCCAAGUCUGAUAACCCAAAUAAUCAAAUAGAUGAGAAACUGCUUAUGCAGAUCAACAAGAAGAUUCUCUCUGGCCGCCUUGUUCGCUUCAUCCGUCUUGUUGACUAUAUGGUCGUCAGCACCUUGCACACUUUGGUAACGAAUGCAGUGGCCAAACUUCUGGCUGUGCUCCAGGAGCGGGUACAUCAAACACCCAGCCACGCCAUCAUUCAGAGCUGGAGCCAGCACCCUGAGACCGUCACUGACCCUGUGGAUCAAGACAUGGAUGGGAAGCUUAAAGAGGCCGAAGACAUCCAGCAGAAAAGACAUCUGGGUUUACUGCUGGUGGACAAAACAAAGCUCAAACAGAAGCUUGUAUCUUCCCCCCAGCACUGUCUGAAUAUCAUCAAUGAGAUGCUCACCAAGCUGGCUAAGAGGAAACUAGAUGCCAUCAUCAGCGAGGCAUGUGAAGCCCAGUUUAAACUGGAGUUUAGUCCCACUACUACCACUGAGUUAGCCAGCUCUCUCAUAUUCCUGGAUGAGAUACAGGAGAGGAUUACAGUGCUAGACGAGGAACAGGAGACUGUGUGUCAGAUGUACAAUCUGAUUAAGACGUACUUGGUUCCCACGCCACCCGAGGAUCUGGUUGUUUUUGCCACCUUACAAUCUUCUAUUAACUCGCUGCACAUGCUCAUUGAUGAGGCAGUGUCAGAGAGGGAUACCAGCAUGAACCAGUUGUGCACUUGUCUACAAAAGGACAUAGUGAAGCUGAACCAGGAGGUCAUGAAAACCAAGCUGAAGUCACAGGAUCCACAAAUCUUAAACAUCAAUGCAGACUCCUCCAGAGUGCGUCUGCUGCUGGGAGAGAUCCAGAUUUCUGUUGAUGAGAUGCAGGCCCAGGCUUCUACCUACACUUCCUACCAGAAGAAAUUCAAGGUUGAGGUGACCAAGUUUGACACCUUGGAUGAGUUAACUGCAGAUUUAAGGCUGAAGCAGUUGCUGUGGGACUCUCUUGAGGAAUGGGACUCUCUCCAGGAUGGGUGGCAGCAGUGCACACUUCAGCAACUGGACUUGGAGCAGUUAAACUCACAGAUGACCAAAUACUGCAAAUACCUCAACCAGCUGGAGAAGGGUCUGCCACGCAACAACGUAGUGCCAAGUCUGAAGGACAAGAUCGAAGUCAUGAAGCACAGGCUGCCUCUGAUCACUGAUCUGCGUAACCCAUGUAUGAAGCCAGAACACUGGAAGACACUGGAGUCUAUUAUGAAGACCUCCCUGAAUGUGGCAGAGCUCACUGUGGCCGCUUUGGAGGAGCUCAACAUAUUCUCCUAUGGCACAGAAAUACAAGAGGUUUCAGGACAGGCUUCAGGAGAGGCAUCGGUGGAGACUGUUAUUACAAAGGUGGAGGACCUGUGGAAGACCACCGAGUUCACUGUUCUAUCUCACGGCGACUCCCAAGACAUGUAUAUCUUGGGAGGCACGGAUGAAAUCCAGGUACUCCUGGACGACAGCCUUAUUAAUGUGGGCACAGCAGCAUCUUCCCGCUACAUAGCGCCCAUCAAGCUCAGGGUGGACAAUCUGAUGGAAGAGCUGAUUCACCUCAACCAAACACUGGAUGAGUGGCUCACAUGCCAAAGGAACUGGCUCUACCUCGAGAGUAUUUUCUUAGCUCCAGAUAUCAAGAGGCAGCUGCCUGCGGAGUCCAAGUUGUUUCUUAAGGUGGACAAGUCCUGGAAGGAGAUCAUGGCGAGGGUCAAAAAGAUGCCUAUUGCACUUAAAGCAGCCUCACAGCCUGAUCUGCUGGAGACCUUUCAGAACAACAAUGCUCUCCUGGAUGAGAUACAGAAGUGUCUGGAAGCCUACCUUGAGUCCAAGAGAGUCAUCUUUCCCAGGUUCUACUUCUUAUCUAAUGAUGAGCUGCUAAAGAUCUUGGCCCAGACAAGAAAUCCUCAGGCUGUGCAACCACACCUUAGGAAGUGUUUUGAUGCCAUUACCCGGCUGGAGUUCGCUUUGCUGCCCAAAGGGCUUCCUGAUGCUAAAGGAGCAGCGCUGGAUGCUGGAGAACAGAACAUAUACAGCAAAGACAUCCUGUAUAUGAUCUCUCCUGAAGGAGAGAAGGUGAAUCUGACUAAAGGUCUGAAGGCACUAGGCAAUGUGGAGGAUUGGCUUUGCGAUGUGGAAGAAGCAAUGUUCUCCUCACUGCGACACCUCAGCAAGGCCGCCAUUGCAGACUACCAGAUUAAGUCUAGGGAGGAGUGGGUGGUGGCUGGACAUCCAUCGCAGGUGGUGCUGACCAUCUCACAGCUGAUGUGGUGCAGGGAUAUGGAUGCCUGCCUGGAGGGAGAUCACAACCACUUUGCUGCCCUGCAGGAAUUUGAGCUCACCAACAUUGAUAGGCUAAAUUCCCUGGCGGCUUUGGUACGAAGACAGCUCCCUAUUUUGCACCGUAAUAUCAUCACUGCCCUCAUCACCAUCGAUGUCCAUGCCAGAGAUAUUGUCACAGAUCUUGUCCAGCACAAGGUGGACACCAGAUCUAACUUUGAAUGGCAGAGACAGCUACGAUACUACUGGGACAUGGAUAUAGACAGCUGUGUAGCCAAAAUGGCUCUGUCCACGUACAUUUAUGGCUAUGAAUACCUGGGAGCCUGUCCACGACUGGUCAUCACACCACUUACGGACCGUUGCUACCUUUGUCUGAUGGGGGCUCUCCAGUUGGAUUUAGGAGGUGCUCCAGCCGGGCCAGCAGGAACAGGCAAAACAGAGACCACCAAGGACCUGGCCAAGGCACUGGCCAUACAGUGUGUUGUCUUCAACUGCUCUGAUGGGCUUGACUAUAAGAUGAUGGGCCGCUUCUUCAGUGGGCUCGCUCAGUCAGGAGCCUGGUGUUGUUUUGAUGAAUUUAACCGAAUCGACAUUGAAGUGUUGUCUGUGAUCGCUCAGCAGCUCAUAACCAUACGAAAUGCUAAAUCUGCUCAGCUGCCAAGAUUCCGAUUUGAAGGCCGCGAGAUCAAACUUGUGAACACAUGUGCCGCAUUCAUCACCAUGAACCCAGGCUAUGCUGGAAGAACAGAGCUCCCUGACAACCUUAAAGCUCUCUUCAGACCCAUAGCCAUGAUGGUGCCAAACUAUGCACUUAUUGCUGAGGUUAUUUUGUAUUCUGAGGGAUUUGAAUCCAGUAAGACCCUCGCCAGGAAGAUGACGCAGAUGUACAAGCUGUGCUCUGAGCAGCUGUCUCAACAGGACCACUACGACUUUGGCAUGAGAGCAGUCAAGUCUGUUCUGGUCAUGGCGGGGUCUCUUAAGAGAGAUAACCCUGACCUGAGUGAAGAUGUGGUUCUCAUCAGAGCAUUGAGGGAUUCCAACCUUCCAAAAUUUCUCACUGAUGAUACUGUGCUCUUUAGUGGUAUCCUGUCUGACCUGUUUCCUGGUGUGUGCAUCCCUGAGCAUGACUAUGGCGUUCUGCAUUCCACCAUCCUGGAGUCUCUGGUUAAGCGAAACCUGCAGCCACUUGAUAGCAUGACCAAAAAGGUGAUUCAGCUCUAUGAGACCAUGAUAGUGCGUCAUGGUGUGAUGUUGGUAGGGCCAACUGGUGGAGGUAAGACCACCGUCUACACCAUCCUGGCUGACACACUGGAGACCCUCCAUCGCUCAGGGCAAAACAACCCUUUCUAUCAGCCGGUGAAGACCUAUGUCCUCAACCCUAAAUCUGUCACUAUGGGAGAGCUCUAUGGAGAGGUUAACACCUUGACACUAGAGUGGCGUGAUGGACUGAUGGCGUUGAGUGUCCGCAACGCAGUCAACGACACCAGCGAUGACCACAAGUGGGUGAUCUGCGACGGGCCAGUUGACGCCCUGUGGAUUGAGAACAUGAACACAGUACUGGAUGACAAUAAGAUGCUGUGUUUGGCUAACAGCGAGAGAAUCAAACUGACUCCAUCCAUACAUAUGGUGUUUGAGGUCCAGGACUUAGCGGUGGCAUCUCCAGCCACAGUCAGUCGCUGUGGGAUGGUAUAUAUUGAUCCCAAUGAGCUGAAGUGGAUGCCCUAUGUCCAGACAUGGAUCAGUGGACUUGGAGCCAAGCUGCCAGACACAGUGCGCACUUACCUGCUGGAGCUCUUUGAGCAGUAUGUGGAGAGGGGUCUCCAGUUUGUUUUGAAGCAUUGCACUCAGGUGAUUCUCCAGGUGGACAUCAGUAAAGUCACCACUCUGUGCUUCCUGCUCGAGGCUCUGCUGCUGGGCGAAGGAGGGCCCAACCUCAAUAUGGAUUCCAAGCAUGUCAAGAGUAUAUUAUGUCAGACCUUCAUAUUUUGCUACCUAUGGGCAGUCGGUGGCAACCUGAACAGUUCUCACUGGGACUCGUUUGACACCUUUGUCAAAGAGCAGUUUGCAGAAGACAAAGUAAAGCUCCCGAAGAGCGGAACCCUGUUCAGCAUGUACAUGAACUUUAACCACAAGCGCUUGGAGUCAUGGGAGACGAUAAUCCCUUUGUUUGAAUACAAAAACGAGCAGCCCUUUUUUGAGAUGCUGGUUCCCACCACAGACACUGUCCGCUACGGAUACCUAAUGGAGAAACUGCUGUCUGUGCGUCGCUCUGUGCUCUACACUGGCGACACUGGAGUGGGGAAGUCUGUGGUGGCUCGCGGCCUCCUCAACAUUAUGCAAGAAAAGUCCGGAUACCUUCCUGUCUUCAUCAGCUUCUCCGCUCAGACCUCCUCUGCUUGCACGCAGGAGAUCAUUGAGUCCAAACUGGAGAAAAAGAGGAAAAACAUAAUGGGAGCUCCUGGCAACAAGAAGUUAGUGGUCUUCGUGGAUGAUCUGAAUAUGCCCAAGCUGGACUGUUACGGCUCUCAGCCGCCUAUAGAACUCCUGCGUCAGUUCCAAGACUUUUCUGGCGUCUAUGACAGAAGCAAGUUCUUCUGGAAGGAGAUCCAGGAGAUGACCAUUGCAGCGGCCUGUGCUCCUCCAGGAGGGGGCCGCAACCCUGUGACCCCCAGAUUCAUCCGCCAUUUCAGCAUACUGUGUUUGCCCACACCUUCAGACCACAGCCUCAAACAGAUUUUCAAAGCCAUCCUGAACGGUUUCCUCACCGAGUUUUCCAAAGCGGUGAAGGACUGUGCUGAGCAGAUAGUAGAUGCAGCCGUGGAGAUUUACAACCGUUUGAGUGUGGAUCUGCUCCCGACACCAGCCAAGUCCCACUAUGUCUUCAAUCUCAGAGACCUCUCCAAGUGUGUGCAAGGCAUAUUGCAGUGUGAGCCGAGUCAAGUGAGAGAUAAGAACCAGAUCUUUCGUCUUUUCUGCCAUGAGUGUCAGCGGGUGUUCCAUGAUCGACUCAUUAACAACCAAGAUAAGACCUAUUUCAACACCAUCAUCUCUGAGAUGGCCGGCAAAUAUUUCAGUAUUAAUUUGGAGCCCUCAUACUUUGUGACUCAGCCCAUCAUAUUCGGAGACUUCAUCAAGGUGGGUGUCGAUAAAGAGGACCGUCUGUAUGAGGAUCUGACAGACAUGAAUAAGAUCCAGACUGUCCUCCAGGACUGCCUCGAUGAUUACAACAUGACCUUCUCCAAGGAGACCAAGCUGGUUUUCUUCCAGGAUGCCAUCGAGCAUGUCUCUAGGAUUGCCCGUAUGAUUCGUCAGGAGAGAGGCAAUGCUCUGCUGGUAGGAGUGGGAGGUACAGGCAAGCAGUCACUCACUCGGUUAGCGGCCCAUAUGUGUGGGUACCGCUGCUUUCAGAUUGAGCUGAGUCGAGGCUACAACUAUGACAGCUUCCAUGAAGACUUGAGGAGACUCUACAAGAUGGCCGGUGUGGAGGGCAAAGAUAUGGUGUUCCUAUUUACAGACACACAGAUUGUGGUAGAGGAGUUUUUGGAGGAUAUCAACAACAUGCUGAACUCGGGCGAGGUGCCCAACUUGUUUGAGAAAGAUGAGCUGGAACAAGUGUUGGCUGCCACCCGCCCAAAAGCCAAAAAUGCUGGAAUUAAUGAGGAGAACAGGGAUGAGGUGUUCCAGUAUUUCAUCUCUCGUGUGCGGGAGAAGCUGCACAUUGUGCUGUGUAUGAGUCCCGUGGGCGAUGCCUUCAGGUCCCGUUGUCGUAUGUUUCCUUCACUGGUAAACUGCUGCACUAUUGACUGGUUUGUGCAGUGGCCUCGUGAGGCACUGCUCUCUGUCUCUCAGGCCUUCUUCCAGAAUGUGGACUUUGGCAGUGAGGAGCUGAAGCAGAGUUUUUCAGCCAUGUGUGUGGAGAUACAUGUUAGCGUCACAGACAUGGCUGAGCGCUUCUACUCAGAGCUGAGGCGCAGAUACUACACCACACCCACCUCCUACCUGGAGCUCAUCAACCUCUACCUGGGCAUGCUCAAUGAGAAGAGAGAGCAGAUAGUGCUUGCCAGGGACCGGGUGAAGAACGGUCUGACCAAACUGCUGCAGACCAAUGAGCUGGUGGACAAAAUGAAAAUGGACCUGUCGGCUCUGGAGCCAGUCCUGAAACAAAAGUCCAUUGAUGUUGAUGCCCUCAUGGAGAAACUGGCUGUUGACCAGGAGAGCGCUGACGAGGUGCGUAAAGUAGUGAAAGAAGAUGAGGCCUUAGCCACAGUCAAAGCUGAAGACACACAGGCCAUAGCCGAUGAUGCCCAGAGGGACCUGGAUGAGGCUCUGCCAGCCCUGGAGGGUGCCUCUCAGGCUCUGAAUUCCCUCGACAAGGCUGACAUCUCUGAGAUCAAAGUUUUCUCCAAACCCCCAGACCUUGUCAUGACUGUCAUGGAGGCUGUCUGCAUCCUGCUCCACUGCAAACCAGACUGGCCCAGUGCCAAGCAAGUACUGGGAGAUCCCAAUUUCCUCAGACGUCUUGCUGACUAUGACAAGGACAAUAUCAAGCCUCAGAUCCUGCAGAAACUGCAAAAAUACAUCAACAACGCGGAUUUCAUACCUGAGAAGGUGGAGAAGGUGUCCAGAGCCUGCAAAUCCAUGUGCAUGUGGGUCAGAGCCAUGAACCUUUACAGCAGAGUGCUGAAAGAAGUCGGCCCCAAGAGACAAAAACUGGCCCUGGCACAGAAAGAACUGGAUAUGACCAUGGCGACCCUGAAGGAGAAACAAGAAAAGCUUCAGGAGGUGGAGAAGCAGAUCAAGGUUCUGCAGGAGCAGUUUGACAGCAGCGUGAAUGAGAAGGAGGAACUUGUGAACACCAUGGCUCUGACAAAGGCUCGGUUGACGAGGGCAGGGAAGCUCACUUCAGCUCUAGGUGAUGAGCAGGUGCGCUGGGAAGAAAGUGUUGCUCUGUUUGAACAAGAGAUCAUCAACGUUGUGGGAAACGUCUUCAUCGCAGCUGCCUGUGUCGCGUAUUUCGGAGCAUUCACUUCACACUACAGACAACUGCUAAUUGACCAGUGGAUAAAACAGUGCCAGGAGCUGAACAUCCCUAUCAGUUCCAACUUCAGCCUGAUCAACAUCUUGGGCGACCCGUUUGUCAUCCGCCAGUGGAACACAGAAGGCCUACCUCGUGACAAUGUCUCAACAGAGAACGGGAUCUUGGUGGCCGAGGGCCGCCGCUGGCCUCUUAUGAUCGAUCCUCAGGAUCAGGCCAACAGAUGGAUCCGCUCCAAGGAAGCUAAGAAUGGUCUAAAGGUGAUCAAGUUGACAGACCCAAACUUCCUACGUACCUUGGAGAACGCCAUUCGCAUGGGCAUGCCUGUACUAUUAGAGGAGUUAAAGGAGACACUGGAUCCAGCACUGGAGCCCAUCCUGCUGAAGCAAACAUUUGUGGCUGGUGGACGGACAUUGAUCAGACUUGGAGACUCAGAUAUUGACUAUGACAAAAACUUCAGGUUCUAUAUGACCACUAAGAUGGCCAACCCACACUACCUACCAGAGGUGUGUAUCAAAGUUACAAUCAUCAAUUUCACUGUGACCAAGUCUGGCUUGGAAGACCAACUGCUCAGUGAUGUGGUACAACUGGAAAGUCCACAUCUUGAGGAACAGAGGAACAAGUUGAUUGUGCGCAUCAACGCUGACCGCAAUCAGCUGAAAGACAUCGAAGACCGCAUCCUUAAGCUUCUCUUCACCUCCGAGGGGAAUAUCCUAGAUAAUGAGGAGCUUGUUGAGACUCUCCAGGAGUCAAAGGUGACAUCUGAGACCAUAAAGCAACGUCUGGAGGAGGCAGAAGCUACUGAGAUGAGGAUCAACUCGGCAAGGGAGCGCUAUCGACCAGUGGCAACCAGAGGCUCCGUCCUGUACUUUGUCGUUGCCGGUCUCUCAGAGAUCGACCCAAUGUACCAGUUUUCGCUGAAGUACUUCAAACAGCUAUUUAACUCCACAAUUGAGACAUCAGAGAAAAGCAAAGAUUUAGACAAGCGUCUGCAGAUCCUGCUGGACCAGAUCUUGCUAAACUCCUACAUCAAUGUGUCGCGUGGCCUCUUCGAGCAACACAAGCUCAUCUACAGCUUCAUGCUGUGUGUGGAGAUCAUGAGGCAGCGUGGGGAGAUUUCUGAUGGGGAAUGGCAACACUUCCUGAAAGGACCUGCUUCCUUGGAAACGGACAAUGCAGAGCAGCCAGAUGUGCCAUGGCUAAGUGAUUUUUACUGGCAGACAUGUUGCGAGCUGGACAACACAUUGCCUUGCUUCAAGGACAUCUCGAAGGAAAUCACCCGAACCCAUAUCGACAUCAAGCUAGGACGUUGUCAAGCAUCUAUUAAUCCAGAGACCUGGAGAGACUAUGUGUCAGACUUGCCCCCGCUUGAGGAGUCCAAAGAGGUGAAGAAGGGUGGCAUCAGAGGUUACUGGAACGAGAGGUUGGGAGCCUUCCAGAAGCUUGUCCUUAUCAAGAGCCUCAUGGAAGAGAAGGUGGUGUUUGCUGCAACUGAGUUUGUGAUUGUCAGCCUGGGCAAGCAGUUUGUGGAAAACCCUCCACUUGACCUGGCCAAUCUUUACAACAACUUGUCCCCCUCCACCCCACUGGUCUUCAUUCUUAGCACAGGAUCUGACCCUAUGGGUGCCUUCCAGCGUUUUGCAAAAGAGAGAGGAUGUAUCGACAGAGUUGAAUCCAUCUCAUUGGGCCAGGGCCAGGGGCCUAUAGCUGAGCAGAUGAUCCUUCAGGCCAUGAAAAGUGGCAAGUGGGUCUUUCUGCAGAACUGCCAUCUGGCUGUAUCCUGGAUGUUAGCCAUGGAGGAGCUCAUCAAGACCUUCACUGAGCCUGAUACAACGAUACACGAGGAUUUCCGUUUGUUUCUCAGUUCCAUGCCGACCAAAGUGUUUCCUGUUACGGUGCUUCAGAACUCUGUCAAGGUGACCAAUGAGCCUCCCAAAGGCCUGCGAGCAAACAUGCGACGGGCCUUCACAGAGAUCUCCAGCAAUUCCUUUGAGAACCACGUUCUGGGACGACAGUGGAGGAAGAUUGUCUUUGGGAUCUGCUUUUUCCAUGCAAUCAUCCAGGAGAGAAAGAAGUUUGGCCCUCUGGGCUGGAACAUCCGCUAUGAGUUUAAUGACAGCGACAGGGAGUGUGCUCUUCUCAACCUCAACCUCUACUGCAAAGAUAACACCAUCCCAUGGGAAGCUCUCAUCUACAUUACCGGUGAGAUCACGUACGGGGGCAGAGUGACUGAUGCCUGGGACCAGCGCUGCCUCAGGACCAUCCUCCGAGGCUUCUUUUCCCCUCAAACUCUGGAACACGGCUACACCUACUCAUCCUCAGGUAUUUACCACGCCCCAGAGACAGAGGAACUGGCGCAGUAUAAGCAGUAUAUUGAGGGUCUUCCCAUCCUGGAUGAUCCUGAGGUCUUUGGUAUGCAUGAGAAUGCCAACUUGGCCUUCCAGCGCCAAGAAACCAUGGGUCUAAUCAACACCAUACUGGAUGUUAAUCCUCGCUCGUCUUCUCUGCAUGGAGCCAAAAGUAGUGAUGAGAUAGUCUGUGAGCUGGCUGAAUCUAUACUAGCAAAGCUUCCUGAGCAACUGGACAUGGAUGAAGCAGUGGAAACUCUGUUUGUACGAGACGAAAAUGGCCGACUUAACUCCCUCACAACUGUGUUGGGGCAGGAAGUAGACCGAUUCAACAGCCUGCUGAGAGUGCUCAGGGUGUCUCUUAUCACGCUGCAGAAGGCCAUAGCAGGUCUGGUGGUGAUGUCAGAAGAAAUGGACCUUAUCUACACAAGCUUCCUGAAUAACCAGGUCCCCACCCAAUGGGCAGACUCGUCCUACCCUUCUCUCAAAACCCUGGGGUCCUGGGUCAAGGACCUGGCCCUCAGGACUUCCUUCAUCCAGACAUGGAUCACAUGUGGUCAGCCCAAAUCUUUCUGGAUCUCAGGAUUCUUCUUCCCUCAAGGCUUUCUCACUGGCAUUCUGCAGAAUCAUGCAAGGUACUACAAGUUGCCCAUUGAUGAACUCAGCUUCCGCUUUAACAUGGUGCCAGUGUACAGGGACGAGGCAGCAGUCUGUGAAGCUCUCAAAACUCUACCCAGCAAUGCUCAACUGGAUAUGGAUAAGGAGUUACCUGAGCCAGAGAAUGGCGUUCUGGUGCACGGCAUGUACAUGGAUUCCAGUCGCUGGGACGAUGACAACAUGGUGAUAGAGGAUGCGUUGCCUCGAGUGAUGAACGCCAUGCUGCCGGUGGUGCACUUUGAGCCACAGCAAAACUACGAGCCCGACCCCAACCUGUACCAAGCUCCUCUGUACAAGACCUCCGCCAGAGCCGGGACACUGUCCACCACCGGUCACUCUACUAAUUUUGUGGUGACGGUAAUGCUUCCCUCCAAACAACCCAGCGAUUAUUGGAUAUCAAAAGCCUCUGCUCUCCUGUGCCAGUUGGAUGAUUAAAUUUAAAUUCAAGGACAAAAACCAACAUUUACUGAGACACUAUCUACAACCUUUGAUGUACUUAGCUAAUGUUAUGUUAAUGUUGCAUCUUUUCUAAAAUAGUUAAGAUUUUCACAAACAUGACAUACUUAAAGGUUCAGUGUAUACGAUAAAAGUGAUUUUUUCACUAGUG